GUGCUAAAAAAAACCCACAAAAGAACAUUUCGUAAUAUCUCGUGCAGUUAACGUGAGGUACCCACUGAUCGUACGGUCAAGAUCCGUCUGUCAGCGGCAGCGAAGAUGCCACCUUGAGCUCCUUCAAUAUAGGCACGCUUCAAUUACAUUGCGACAUAGUGUGCAAUUUUUAAUUGAGACAACUGGUUUUGUCACAAAAGAAAUGCAUCUGUUCCACAAAACUAGAAUCGCAUUGGUCAAGGCACUGAGAUUUGUUUGGCAUGCCUCAAACCCCAUGCAUUAGCACAGCGCUUUGGUUUCUGUGAGUAAUUUUUGAGGGAGAAUCUGAAAUUCUUCAACAGUUGUGUUGUACUAUAUGUUCAAUGUCCGGCAGUAUAUACUGCCCACUGAAGAGCCUGAUGGGGAAUGUGAGAGCAGAGUUCUCGAAAGAGUUGUCGCUAAAGUUGGAGGGAAAGGAGGAACUUCUUGCCUUGGCUUGAAAUAGAUCCCUUUUGUUUUGUUGUCUUCUUUCUCACCACACAAAUCACAUUCAAUCCUCACAGAAGCGUGACAAGAAGGUGGAGUAUCAGAAACAACAUGCAAUGAAGAUGCAGAUCUGAACACAAAUUCCCAAGAAAGAUAGAAUUGACUGCCUAUUAUUCAAGCUAAACAGAGCACUCAUGGAGAAGCUUAUCAAGCCAAGCGACAAGGAGUUCAUGAGGAUGGCCAUUUUAAAACAUGAAGAGACUUUCAGAGAGCAGUUACAUGAGCUCCAUCGGUUGUACCGGAUCCAGAAGAUGCUGAUGAAGAAUAUGAAAAAUGGAAGAGCUGUUGAUGUGACCCAACGAGAAUGGAACUUGAAGAAUGCGAUUAGUUUAACUCAAACCACUAAUCAUCGAAAAGAUGCACAGAAAAAGCCAGAAAUCAAAUUUGAUCUUGAACGGCCAGCGGAGGAACACAUUGCAGAAUCAGAUGGUGAUGAGGUAGAGAUCAUGGAUGAAUCUGAGAUUGAGCUGACACUAGGCCCGUCAAGUUACUGCGACCGUGCAAAGAAAGUUGAUACACCACUAACUUCAGAUUCUGGAUAUAGCUUGUCUUCUUCUUCCACUGGAUCCAGCCAUAUAAACAAGACAGCGAGAGAAGAUUCAAGUGGAAUGAGAAACAGUUUUGUUGAUAUUGAAGAACGAUCAAGACAGGAGAGGCUAAAACAGCCACCUUGGCUCUUUCAAGUGUUGAGUCUGAACAUGACUCAAUUAGAUACAUAGUUAAAUCGCUGUUUAUGGCUAACUUUGUGGAUGAUGUUUUUCAUCUGGAAUAUUCUGCCUAGUCGUCAAGUGUGGUGGAUUUUGAUGAAGUCGAAUAUAACCUGUUUCCCCGGUGACCUUCCAGUUGCACUCAACAUCAUUAUCAGCUAAAGCCAUGAAAAUAUCAUUUUGUUGAUUAUGGCGAUCAGUCAUGUCUCUAAGCUUCUGAACGCCCUGGCAAUAGUUUUGCGCCCUUCGUCUGGAAGACUAGAGAUGUAAUUAUGGAAGAGGAUAUAUCAAAUUAUGUAGAUAAGUUGUUUUCCAGUUCUCCCUUCUGAUUUCACUUUCCACCUGCCAUUCACAAAUUCACAGACUAGAUAACAAGAAAACGGAGUCUGGCUGCAACCUUCCAUCAGAUGAACCGAAUAUUUCAAUAUUUCCUUUUAAAUGUAAUGUUUUUAUACGCUUUAAA